AUACGGUAAUACAAUAUAGCAUAUUAGCGUUACUAUUAUGAUUAUUAUUAUAAUACAAUGGCUGCCACAUUAAAUACGCCAGGGCGUCCAGCACCUCCAAAACCAGUUUCAAAACCUGGCAAGGUAAAAGUAGUGAGAGCAUUGUACAAAUAUGUAGCACAGCAUAGCGAUGAAUUGUCUUUUGAGGAAGGUGAUUUACUUUAUGUAUAUGAUAAUGGGCAAUCCAAAGUUAGUAAUCGGUUACAAGCGCAAUGUGGUAACCGAAAAGGAUGGAUACCUGCUAACUAUGUGGAAGAGCAAGUGGAGGAAAUUAUUUUACCUUUACACGAAGCCGCAAGACGAGGUAAUAUAUCUUUUUUACGGGAAUGUUUGAAUAGUGGAGUAUCUGGAACUGGAUUAGAUUCUGCUGGUAAUACACCUUUAUACUGGGCUGCUCGUGCUGGACAUGAAGAUUGUGUAAAAUUACUAUUAGAUUUACCAAAUCCUGCAGUGAAUGCUCAGAAUAAAAUGGGUGAUUCCCCUUUACAUGUGGCUGCCAGUCAUGGGCAUUUAAACAUUGUGAAUCGUUUACUAGAAGCUGGUAACGAUGCUACCUUAAAAAACAAUACAGGCUAUACUGCUCAAGAAUUAGCUAGUGAUCCGGUAAUAAAAAACGUAAUUCAAUUGAGUCAGCAACAUUAUAAUGCAAAAACUAUACAUGAUUACAAUGAAGAAGACUAUAACGACGAAAGUGACUGAAAUACAUUCCUUAUAUUGUUAAAG